AUGGAGGAUGAGAGCGUUCUUGCCGAAUUAGAGGGCGCCCUGGUCAUAAGAAGAAGUGUGUUUCCCUACUUCAUGCUCGUCGCCCUGGAAGCCGGCUGUCCUCUGAGGGCCCUUCUGCUCCUGCUCAUCUCCCCCAUCCUGUCCCUGCUCCAGACAAUCGGCCUGGCCGCCGCCGCCCUCCAUGUGAUGAUCUUCAUUUCCACGGCGGGCCUCCGGGUGGCAGAUGUGACGGCGGUGGCGAGGGCCACUCUCCCCAGGUUCUUCCUCCAGGACCUGUCGGAGAAGGUGUACGGGGCCCUCUCCAGGACCAGGGGGAAGAAGUGCGUGGUCACCUCCAUGCCCCGCCUCAUGGUGGAGCCUUUCCUGUGGGAGUACCUCGACGUGGAGCGUGUGGUCGGCACAGAGCUGCUGGUGGCCGGUGGGCGAUGUCUCGGCGUGGUGGCGCCGCCGGGUAUCAUGCUCGGCCGCCGGCGGCUCAACGCUCUCAGAGCUGUUCUGGGUGACAGAGGGGACUUCGACGUUGGGUACGGUGAUGAGCUCAGGGUCCUCCCCUUCAAGCUCUGCAAGGUAGUGCUCUCCCUCUCUCGUUCUCCCUUGAGCCUCAUUUAAGUUUCUCUCUAGAUACCUAUCUAUCUUCCCAGGUGCGUUGAUUCCCAUCUCUGCAAUCGUCACUGCAGGAGGUUUACAUGCCCCCGCCAGCGGAGGAGGCCACCGUGCUGCCCCAGGGGCGCUACCCAAAGCCCUUGGUCUUUCACGACGGCAGGCUGGUGGCGCGGCCAACGGAGUUGGACUGCUUGGCGGUGCUCCUCUGGCUUCCCGUCAGCGUGCCACUAGCCGUGGCCCGCAUCCUGAUGGGGCUGGUGCUGCCCUACAGAUGGCAAUUCCUGUGCGGCGCGGCUCUGGGACUGCGCAUCCGUGCCAAGUUCGCGCCUACGGCAUUACACGCCGCCGGCGGCUCGACCCUCUACGCCUGCAGCCACCGGACCCUGCUAGACCCCAUCGUCGCGGCGACGGCCCUUCGGCGGAAGUUGGUGGCGGUGACGUACAGCCUGAGCCCCGUCUCGGAGGCGCUGUCGCCGAUCCCCACCGUGCGACUGACGCGGGACCGGCGACGGGACGGGGAGACGAUGCGGCGGCUGCUCGAGGUGGGGGACCUGGUGGUCUGCCCCGAGGGAACCACCUGCAGGGAGCCGUAUCUUCUCCGGUUCAGCCCACUGUUCGCCGAAGUGGCCGAGGAGAUCGUACCACUGGCCGUGGUGGCGGAGGGGAGCAUGUUCUACGGCUCCACCGUGCGGGGCUACAAGUGUCUCGAUUCCAUCUUCUUCCUGAUGAAUCCUUCACCCCGUUACCGGCUGGACUUCCUCGACAGGGUCUCCGGCGGCGUGGGAUCUGGUCAGGACGUCGCCAACCGCGUGCAGAAGGCGAUCGCCGGGGCGCUCGGCUUCGAGUGCACGGUCUUCACGCGAAGGGACAAGUACCGAAUGAUCGCCGGCAGCGACGGUCGUGUGGAGUCAAGGAACUAA